GGCGGGUCUUCGCGCAGCUCCGGUGUUUGGGAAAGUCGACGAGGCACUGGUGACAGAAAGACAAUGACAAAAAGUUUAAAAGAGGCUUUAAAAACCCACUUUGGGUUCGACAGCUUCAGGACUAAACUGCAAGAAGAUGUUGUCAAAGCGGUCGCCAGAGGUGACAGGGACGUGUUUGUGUGCAUGCCUACUGGUGCAGGGAAGUCCCUGUGUUACCAGUUACCUGCAUUGCUGGCUGAUGGCAUCACUCUGGUUAUAUCCCCACUCAUCGCUCUCAUCCAGGAUCAAGUGCAACGCCUGAAGGAUCUGAACAUCCCUGCCUGCUCCAUUAACUCCAAGCUUCCAGUAGGCGAGCGCCGUCUAAUCAUGACCGACCUGGAGAGCAGCAGCCCCAGGCUGAAGCUCCUCUACAUUACCCCAGAGAUGGUGGCUUCUCCCUCUUUCCAGCCUUGCCUGACAGGCCUUUGUUCCCGUGGCCUGCUGUCCUACCUGGCAGUGGACGAGGCUCACUGCGUCUCUCAGUGGGGCCACGAUUUUAGGCCAGACUACCUCAAACUGGGUGACCUGCGGGCGCGCUUGCCUGGAGUUCCCUGCUUGGCACUGACAGCAACAGCCCCCAAGAAUGUACAGGAAGACAUUGUUCAGUCCCUGAGGCUGAACCUGCCUCUUUCCUUUGUUACACCUGUUUUUCGCAGUAACUUGCUCUAUGAUGUGAUCUUCGCGGAGCUGCUGCCGAACCCUUAUGUUCAUCUACAUGCCUUUAUUAAGAAGGCACUAGCAGUGAGCAGUGGGUCUAAUGAACAGGGCUGUGGCAUUGUUUACUGUCGGACCAGGGAAGGCUGUGAGGUGGUGGCCCACCAGCUGACCAAGCUUGGGGUCUCGGCCAAGCCAUAUCAUGCAGGCUUGAAAACUGGAGAUCGCACAGACGCCCAGAACGAGUGGAUGCAGGGGAAAGUGUUGGUGAUUGUUGCCACCAUCAGCUUUGGCAUGGGAGUAGAUAAGGCCAAUGUCAGAUUUGUAGCUCAUUGGAACCUCGCUAAGUCUUUGGCCAGUUACUACCAAGAGUCUGGACGAGCAGGGAGAGACGGCCUGCCAUCCUCCUGUCGCAUAUACUAUUCCCGGAGGGACAAGGAGCAAAUAAACUUCCUCAUCCGUCAGGAGAUUGGCCGCAAACAGGCGAAACGUGGUAUUGCAAAGGAGUCGGACAAAUCAGCCAUUACAGACUUUGAAGCCAUGGUGUCAUACUGUGAGCAAGAAAGUUGUCGCCAUGCCAUCAUCUCCAAGUUCUUUGGGGACAAGGCGCCAAACUGUGCCGGUGCCUGCGACUGCUGCCGCAACCCUAAUGUUGUACGAGCCCAGCUGGAGAAAGCGGCCGUCCUUAGCACCAAGACCGGGGCCGCUCAGAGCAACACGCCUACUGGACCAUUUGGUUUCCAGCAGGGUGUAUACGAAGGUGGAAAGAAGGGAUACGGCUUUGAGAGGUAUGAUGAAGAGGACUCUGAGAGUGGCGAAGAAGAUUCCUUGAAAAGAAAAAAAGAAUUUUCUAACCUCUUCAAGAAACAGAUGAAAAUAAGAAAGGGAACUGAUGGUCGGAGGCAAGAUUUUGUUGCUCCAGACGCUGGUUGCCUACUCAAAGACGCCAGCAGCCAGAGGAUCCCAAAGCUCACUGUGAAGGCCAGAGAGCACUGCCUGUACCUCUUGGAAGAUGCUUUACAUGGCCACCAGGAGGCACAAGACAUGCACAGCGGUGACGCUCUGUCUUUGGCAGUGGAUAUUGAACACGAGGUCUUCAAGAAAAGCAAGUCCUCUAACUUGUACAAAGCUGCUGUACUGAAGAAGGUGGCAGAAAUGAAGAAAGAGCCGCCUCCUUCAGCUGGAGGAGGUGACACGAGUAACAGCAGCAGGGAAUUUGGAGAGGUUGAGACGACACCGAAAGGGGGGGCAUCCACCUCCUCUUCUUCGUCCUUUUCUGAGGACCUGCAGGGAUUCACGUCUGCAUCUGAAAUCUACUCGCUGAAGCGUAAGAGGGUAGGAGCAGGCCUAAGAGGCUCAUCCAACCCCUUCAUAACUGCCAAGGAGCUGCUGAAGUCCUCCAUGAUGGAUACUGCUUUGAACAAAGGGUCAGAGAGUGGCGGGGUUUCUCAUAACAGCUCUGGAGGCUUCCUAGAGUCAAACACCGAUAAACCUUCAGCUGUGACGUCGUCCAUCAAAGUCACUGCAAAUGCAGCCGCUGCCUCCAUGAAAAGCCCGACCAAAGCGGGCAAAGCCUUGAGCAAGAAGCAGCAGAUGCUGGCAGAGGCGGCAAAGAGUUCUCGCAACAUUUCCCAGUACUUUGCAAAGAAAGAAGUUACAGAAAAAAGCCAGACGGAGCUGCAGGAGCAGGAGGGACUUCAAACUACCGCUGCAAUCCAACAAGAGAACACUAGCCAGCUGGAAAACGUACAUGCCGAGGUGGACGCUAUGAAGAGCAGCCCUGUGGAAUCAGAGACUCAGGAUGUGAUACUAGUAGAAAGUAAAAGUGAAGUAAUCAUCAUAGAUGAUAUUGAAGAGGAGCCUUCGCAUCAAACGGACACUAUGGAGCUGAAGGAGGUUCAGGACACAAUUCAUGACGAUCCGAGGCAAAAUGAACCAGAAGAACAAGCUACGCCAGCUCUUAUACAAGAGGUGACGGAUGACACGAGAACCGACGGGGAGUCGUCUCCUCCGGUGAAGCGCAGCCGCCCUGCUGAUGGCAGCAGCAAAAGAGUAACUUUUAACCCUAAAGUGCAGGAGAGGGCACUGCAACCUACGAAUGAGCCACCGAAGAUGGUUACACUGAAGGAAGUGGCUGAUAUUGUGAUCCACUAUCUGGACCCUUUUUACACUCAGGGCAAGUUUGCUACGAAGGAGCUGUUCAAGUCCUUUGCCCGCUUCUUGUCUCACCAUCUUGCAGAGGGAAGCAAUCGGGGAAAAGGCCAAGUCAAAGCUGAAGCCAAAGCUCUCAUCAAGAAGUUCUUCAACCGAGUCCAGCGCUGCGAGCGCGAGGCGGACUGGACGCACCUGAAACGACCGCACAGCUAUAAAGACACGGAGAAAAAGAUAUGAUGGGAAGGGAAACACGGCCAAACCUCUCACUCUUCAUUAGUGCCUCUCAUUUCAGUGAUCUGACCAGGUGUCUGGUUGAUUUGCUUGUUGUUGCUGCUAUAGUGGUUUAUGUCCAUAAUCAAGCCAUAAAACGUGGACUGUGAUGGUCUGAGAGAAGAGAAUCUGCUCUGUGUGCACAACAAAAUCAUGUUUUCUUUACGUUUCUGCCUAAAAAUAGUGUACACUUGACAUCUCUGAUCUCAAAUUUGACUAUUUCUCAAGCAGAAAUCAGACUUCAUGUAACUACAGAAAGAGAUCACUGUUAAGGGCUUUUCUUAAGUACUACACUCAACAUUCAUAUUUCAAGUCUAUGCACUUAUUAUUAGGAUUUAUCGUGUGGGGACCAUGAAUGCUUGAAUUUCUUUGCCAAUCUAUCAAGAAGAUAUUUUAGUCUGGACAAAGUUGUGGAUCGAUGAAAGUCACUGACGUAUCAAAACCACAGUGCCAUGUUACAAACACCGUGGAAGUGGAUGAAAGUAAUGUGAAGUAUACAGUAUUUGACGUAAAAGAAACACUGGAAAAAAAUGUUUUAAUGUGUGAUAUAAACCACACACUUCUCUUUUGUAUAGAUUGUUUACUGCUGAUAAAUAUUUUUUUACGUUUGGCUGCAGAAGAGAACGCCAAGUAGAUGACAGAUACUGUAUACAUUUUUUUUUCUUUUGACUUUAGGUUUCCUCUUUCAGUAAAACAUUAUUUCUGUUGGUUGUGUUAGAGUCUCUCGGGACUGUGGAGGCCACAGUUUGUGUGAUGGGAUGAAGACCCAAAGAGUACUUGCACUGAUUUAUUUUAUUUUUUUACACUUUGUUUCCAUAUGUUUACAAUAAAGUUUACACUGAAGAGGAA